AUGGAGUAUUCACAAAAUUCACAAAUUACAAGCACAGUUCAUGAUGAGAAGAAAAUAGCUUUUGAUGUUCCGGGAUGGGGACACACUCUAGUAUCAGUUAAUGAAUCAAUGAAUGCACAAAAUCUUUAUUGGUUUGUUGGAGUUGAUAAUAUUGACAUUAAUAAAGUUAUAUAUAAAGUUGAGGAUUUGGUUUUCGAAGCUAGUAAAGAUGAAAGUGUUAAAUUUAUCUAUGAGAAAUGUGAUGAUAAAAUUGUUCAAGUUGUACCACUCUUAGAAAAUGUUACCGAAAAUGAGAUCAUUAAAAAUCAUUUUUGGCAACUUUCUAUAUUCGUGAAGAAUUUAUUAUUUGUAACGUUACAAGAUCUUAAAUUUAAAAUAGAGGAAUUGGAUAUUAAAUCAAUUUGUUAUGGUGUUUGGCAAGACUUCAAAUUCUUAUUAGAAGUUCUUGAUAUAAGAGGAAUGUGUACAACUGUAUGGAGAUCGAUCAAACACAUAAUCGAAACGUUUGAUUUCCAAACGAUAUUAAUUAAUGCUAGACGAUAUCUGAGAUUUUUGUUGGAAGUAAUUAAUUCAAAGGAAGUAUGUUCCGGUACUUGGCAAGAUAUUAAAUUUUUAUAU